ACAAGAAGCUCGAGCUGCUGAUUAUACACGGCCGCGCGACUUUAUUACUUAUUCUUUUCUGCGUUUGCCGAGGAAAAGCUCGUCAACUCGCGUUUGCAUUACAAUAUACACCGAGUCUAGCGUACAAUGCUCGAUAAUCGCAACAGUUUCUUUUGGCAUAUUAUACUCCAGUCACGUGACAAACUUCCGAAUUUCACAAUUCUAAGCGAGCCCCUCAAUUAAAGUUGCAUCAACUCGCUCCGUUAUUAUAGCGCUUACUCGCAGGAGAAUGACGAGUCCCACGCGCACACGCCCGCUUGUGCCGAUAACGAUUUCGCCGCGCAGCGCGCACACUCGUGGGAUGUAUCAUUCUAUUAAUAAACUGCGACGUUUCUCGCUUUCGCGCUAAGCAACAGGUCAAACUUCACUUUCCACUCGAUUCUCAUGGACGACUUUAUCUCCUCGUCGGCGACCUUAUCGUCUUGCGCCUCUGCGUGCCUGUCGCAUCGCAAACACUCGCAAAGCGUUGAUUUGCUGCAGCGCGAUUCGUCGGUCUCAGUGUCAAUGACAUGGAAGAUCGAUGCUCGCGAUUAGGCGAGACUUAUAAAUUGCCGGCUCGCGAGCCGGUUUUACUCAGUCCUUGCCGAAACGCCGGUCCGCAGGUUCUUCCUAUAUAAUCUCUCGCUCAUUUCGCCGAGUCAGCUUUUAAAGAUGUCGGCUUUCCUGGGUAACAAGUACAAGCUGGAGAGCAGCGAGAACUUCGACGAGUACAUGAAGGGCAUUGGUGUCGGCAUGAUGACCCGCAAGAUGGCCGCAAGCGUGAACCCGGUCAUCGAGGUGACGGAGAACAGCGGCGAGUACACCAUGAAGACCCAGAGCAGGUUCAAGAACUCCGAGAUCAAGUUCAAGCUCGGCGAGGAAUUCGACGAGGAGACGCCCGACGGCCGCAAGGUCAAGAGCGUCAUCACCCUCGAUGGCAACAAGAUGACUCACGUUCAGAAGGGCGAGAAGGAGACCGUCAUCGAGCGAGAGUUCGGACCCACGGAAAUGAAGGCUGUCAUGAAAGUCGACGACAUCGUCUGCACCAGGGUCUACAAGCUCGAGAACUAAUUCCAAUGUAUGGGAUGUGACCGUGCGAUUUUUUUUUUAUACGCAUAUUGCAUAUUGUAUUCUGAAUGUUCUGGAGAAUAUAUAUUAUAAGCUGCGAGAAAUUUGGUGACAUGAAGAUUUCAUCGAAUCGGCCUGUUUAAUUGUCUAAUCAUAUUUUUUUUUUCCAAAUUGCUCGUCAUUCUUUUGGAAUUCAGUUUCCUUCGUGUUAUAAAAUUUAUAACGCUUGCCGUAUUACAUAAAUAAAGUUUCUUAAUUAAAUUAAAA